AUGCCAUCCUCAGCAGCGAAUGAGCACUCAAUGUCCGAAACCACCGACCCCGUCGACCUCGCCCUAUCGACUCCCCAGUCCUUGAGCCGUGCCGUCUACGCCCGCCGCGCCGAGUACACCAGGCCUCGUCGCAUACGGCUCAAGGUCGGCUCGUGGAACGUCGCCGCCUGCCCUGGCACCGACAAAGACCUCGCAACUUGGUUCGUCGAUGGCAAGGGCAUCGACACCAACCUGACCGCUACGGGCUUCUCUCGCAACCCCGCCGUCCAAGUAGACGACCCAAAAGACACCACCCCACGUCAACAGUCCCCAGCCUCCGCCCGAGUGCUGGGGGGCGACAAGAUCGACCUUUACAUCCUAGGCCUGCAGGAGGUGGUUAAUCUCAACCCCGUCACCCAGUAUGUCUACUCGGACACCAACCCCACUGACAAGUGGCGGCUGGCCCUUGAGGCUGCCCUCCCCGAUGGCUACCAGUUCGUUGGCUCCGAGCAAAUGUCUGGCCUUCUCCUGCUGAUGUACGCCUCCCCCGGGCUCGCACCUUGCAUUGCAAAUGUCAGCACCAAGGCUGUAGGCACGGGCGUUGGCGGAUGGUUCGGGAACAAGGGCGCAACAGCAGCUCGCAUCGUCCUAGGGGAGGCCACCACGAUGGUCUUUGUCAAUUCACAUCUAUCCAGCGGCAACGAUCCUGCCACCGUUGACCGCCGUUGUUGGGAUGCUAGGACCAUCCUCGACAGGACGCGUUUUGACCCUGUGGUCAUCGCCGGAAACGACGAGGAAGACGACGACGGCAAGAUCGGCAGCGAGGACUUCGCUUUCUGGUUCGGCGAUUUGAACUUCAGGUUGGAUGGCAUACCGGGCGACGACAUUCGCCACUUACUGACACUCCACUCGAAGGGCGAGUAUGAUGUGGGCAGAGCCAAGUCACAGGAUCUGGACGGGGAGGAGGGAAUCGUAGUCAUGAGAACUUCCGAGAGUAGCGAUGAGCAGACGGAUGAUGCUUCCGGGCGGACCCGCUCCACCGAGCAGAGCAGUGAUGAUGAGUCCAUGUCCCUGCCUGACCCAGACGACUUCGAUCCGGAUCCUCACGAGGACCCUGCAUCUCUUCAGGCAACUUUAGACUCGUUACUCCCACACGACCAGCUCCUUCGGGUCAGGAAGGAAGGUAAGAUUUUUCAUGACGGCUGGCACGAAGGCCCAAUCACCUUCUUGCCAUCUUACAAGUACGACGUGGGCACAGUCGGUCUGUAUGAUUCCAGUGAGAAGAAAAGGGCCCCCAGCUGGUGCGAUCGGAUCCUGUACCGGACCAAGAAAGACACACAGCAACACGAGCGCAAGCUCAAGGAGGAGGAGGAAGCGCGGAAGAGAGAUGAAGAAAUGAGGUCUCGCGGUAUCGACCAAGCCGGGGAUGAUGAUGAGGUUUUGUUUGACUACGACCCCGAAAGCGACGGUGAUACGGCACCUGUUGGAAAGCCAGGUCUGGACUAUGAUGAAUAUGAUGAUAAUGGCGAGGAUGCAACCGCGGACGCUGUUGAAGUGCAGGCCGUAGACCGCAUCAAUCUGGACCUCUAUACCUCCCACCAACGAAUAACAUCCUCGGACCACAAGCCUCUUGUGGCUGUCUUUGAACUCGACUUUGAUGCAGUGGUUCCGGAGCUCAAAGCUGACAUUUACGCUCAAGUGGCCCGAGAGCUGGACCGCGCCGAGAACGAAGGCCGGCCAUCUAUCACUAUCGUUAGGGAAGGACAAGAAUCGGGCCAUGACUUGGUAGAUUUUGGUCAAGUCAGCUUUAUGCAGAGGCAGGCUGCCUACUUCACGAUAGCAAAUACCGGAGGGGUUCCAGCCACAAUCAGCUUCAUUGAGCGGCCAAGGGCCGGAGACACACAGGACGGUGGCUCAGGUCUGUCCCAUUGGCUCACGACCUCGCUGGACCGCAUUGUCCCGGGUGACGAUAUCAACGAGGGCGUGCCUGAGGAUCUUGGAAAGGAUGUGAUCCUGGAGCCAGGUGAGACGGUGAAUGCCACGCUGGAGAUGUGUAUCGACCAGGUGUCGCAGGCCAGGGCGUUGAACGAGGGCCGGGAGAAGCUGGAGGAGGUCGUGGUUCUUCGGGUCGCCGAAGGCAGAGACCACUUUUUACCAAUUCGGGCGAGCUGGGCCCCUACCUGCGUUGGCAGGUCGAUCGACGAGCUCAUACGGGUCCCUGAUGGUGGGAUCCGGGCAUUUGUUACAUCUUCGCCACACAAGAAGGCGGGCGAAAGCUUAGGCGCCAUUCCUUCCGCUUUCGAUGUCCAUCGGUCUGCACCGAAGGAGCUGUUCAAACUGGUCGAAGCAGUCGAGGCACUUACUGACAGGACACUGGCAGAGGAAGAGAUGCUUGACUCGUACAAAGUGCCUAGGGACCAGCCAGGGUGGCCGUUCGAGGGCUUUGUGUCGCAGCCUGGUGCUGGCCUGCUCCCCGGUGUCAUCGAGGCCCUGGACACAGACCAGCCGAUCGCUGACGCAUUCCCUCCCGAAGCAGACCCAUGCCAGCGGCUCGAAGCAGUGGCGGGAGCCCUGCUCCUGUUCCUGCAGGGUCUGACGGACGGCAUCAUCAACACGUCUCUGUGGUCCAGAAUCGAACAGGCGCCCAUCCGGGCCCUUGGCCAGGCACCACCGGCUGCAAGAGGCUCAUCCAGUGACGACACAGAAGACGACAAGUCUGUGAUUCUCGACAUCCUGAUGACCGCGCCGAACCACAAUAUCUGCUUCGUCUUCUUGACCACCACUCUCGCAAAGGUCAUUGGUGAACUAGCGCCACUGAAGAGGAGCGAGGUGGAUGCACUAAGUGCUGCUUCACCCAGCCAACAGGGCGGCGGCGGCGGCAUAGGCGCCAUCGGAGCGCUGGGCCGCAGGUCAUUGAGCAUCCGGCGUAGUUUGACCGGUGGUGCCUCGUCUGGAGCGACAACGCCAGUGGUGGAGGCGAUUGCGUCGCUCGAGAAACGGAAGGCCAGGGAGCGUAGGGUGGCACAGAUCUUUGGAACUGUGGUCUGUCGGACGGCGACGCCAGCAAGGGACAAGGAGCGCAGGAUGUUGGAGGAUAAACAAAAGAUGGUUGUGGAACUGUUCCUGCGCAGGAGGGAGGGCCGCUAA